CUGUUUUGUCCUCGUCAAUCCCAAAGUACCCGGAUGGCGGAGGCCUGCGGGGCAAGGAAAGGCGGUUGGGGAGCCGGGCUUUGAUUGAGGAGCGCCGAAAGAUCACUCCAGCUCAUCCGGGAGGCAACGAGGAAGAGCAGCUUCGGUGGCGGCAAAUAUCGCCGCCAUUUUUCAUCGGCGAACAGACCAACAGCCUUGCCACGGCUGCCUGCCAAGCAGACCCAGUUACAAGAGUCAGAGGGAUGGUUGUAGUCACGGGGCAGACCAAAUCUUGUGGACACCUGGGCGAUGCCAUGUCGAGCUCAGAUGCAGAGGAUGAUUUUCAAGAGCCUGCCACUCCAACAGCAACCCAGGCAGAGCACUCCCUACCCCUGCUUCCUCAGCAGUUCCCUGAAGUAGUUCCACUAAACAUUGGAGGCACCCAUUUCAUGACCAGGCUGUCAACACUGAAACGUCAUGAAGACACCAUGUUGUCAGCCAUGUUCAGUGGCCGGCAUUACAUCCCAACAGAUGCUGAAGGCCGAUAUUUUAUUGACAGAGAUGGAACAUAUUUUGGUGAUGUACUUAAUUUUCUACGAUCUGGUGACUUACCUCCGAGAGAACGAGUGAGGUCUGUUUACAAGGAAGCUCAGUAUUAUUCCAUAGGACCAUUGCUAGAGAGUCUAGAAGAGCUCCAGCCCCUGAAAGGAGAGAAAGUCCGGCAGGCUUUCCUGGGCUUAAUGCCCUAUUACAAAGAGCAUCUAGAGCGAAUCAUUGAAAUAGCUAAGCUGCGGGCAAUGCAAAGGAAAGCUCGAUUUGCUAAGCUAAAGAUCUGCGUCUUCAAAGAAGAGAUGCCCAUCACACCCUACGAGUGCCCACUUUUCAACUCCCUCCGUUUUGAGAGGAGUGAAGGGGAGGCCAAGCUUUUUGAGCACCAUUGUGAGGUGGAUGUGUCCUUUGGGCCAUGGGAAGCCGUGGCAGAUGUGUACGAUCUCCUCCAUUGCAUUGUGACGGACCUUUCCGACAGGGGCAUCACAGUGGACCAGCAAUGUAUUGGGGUGUGUGACAAACACUUGAUUAACCAUUACUACUGCAAGCGCCCAAUCUAUGAAUUCAAGAUCACAUGGUGCCAAAAUGCCAUCGGGAAGAAGAAAAGAGUGAAAUGUAAUUGGAAUGUGGAUGUUGCUCUUUAUGUCAAAAUGGCAAACAAUGCUAAAACAAAAUGUGAUUCCCCUAAACUCCUCAUGUGUAAACUAGGCGGAGGGGAGGCCGGAGAGGGAAGUGUGUCCCUCGGCUGGGUUUGGUCCAGGAAGCAAAGCGGCGGAGGAGAGGUGAGGAUGGACGGGAUUUGGGGAGCGAAAGAGGCCGCACCUCCGUCCCCUCCCGAAAUUGCAGCGGGCAAAAUGAGUGUGAAGUCAGAACGCCGAGGGAUCCAUGUUGAUCAGUCCGAACUGCUUUGCAAGAAAGGAUGCGGUUACUAUGGCAACGUAGCUUGGCAGGGCUACUGCUCCAAAUGCUGGAGAGAAGAGUACCAAAAAGCCAGGCAGAAGCAAAUCCAGGAAGAUUGGGAGCUUGCUGAGAGACUACAGCGUGAAGAAGAAGAGGCCUAUGCUAAUACUCAGCACACUCAGGGGGCUCAGUCGCUUACUUUCACAAAAUUCGAGGAAAAAAAAACAAGUGAGAAGCUGCGGAAAGUGGCAACAGUGAAGAAAUUCUUUGGAGCAUCUUCGCGUCCUGGAACUAAGAAGGAAGCCCCGGAAGCUAAAGCACCUAGUCCUUCUAUCAGUAGGCAGGUCAGCAUCGAAACCGAUAGAGUGUCCAAGGACUUCAUUGAAUUUCUUAAGACCUACAAUAAGGCUGGCCAGGAGAUCUACAAGCAGUGCAAACUGUUCCUGGAUACGAUGCAUCGCAAGCGGGAGUUGAGUGUUGAGGAACAGUCUGAAUAUGCUCAGAGCCUCUAUCAGAAUGUGGCAGAUAAGCUACAGACUCGCUGGAAAGUGCCUCCAGAAAAGGUGGAAAAAGUGAUGGAUCAAGUGGAGAAAUACAUAAUGACCCGCUUGUAUAAAUACGUUUUCUGCCCGGAAACCACGGAGGAUGAGAAGAAAGAUCUGGCUGUCCAGAGAAGAAUCAGAGCUUUGCACUGGGUUACUCCACAAAUGCUUUGUGUUCCUGUCAAUGAAGAAAUCCCUGAAGUCUCAGAUGUAGUUGUGAAAGCUAUCACAGACAUCAUUGAAAUGGACUCGAAGCGUGUCCCCCGGGACAAGUUGGCCUGCAUCACUAACUGCAGCAAGCACAUAUUUAAUGCCAUCCGGACCACAAAGGCUGAGCCAGCUUCAGCUGAUGACUUUUUGCCCACUCUCAUCUACAUUGUCCUGAAGGGCAACCCACCCCGCCUGCAGUCCAACAUUCAGUACAUUACUCGGUUCUGCAAUCCCAGCAGGCUGAUGACCGGGGAGGAUGGCUAUUAUUUUACGAACCUGUGUUGCGCUGUUGCCUUCAUAGAGAAGCUGGAUGCUCAGUCCUUAAACCUGAGCCAGGAAGACUUUGACCGCUAUAUGUCCGGGCAGACCUCUCCAAAGAAGCAAGAACCUGAGAACUGGCCAGCCAAUGUCUGUGUGGGGAUGCGCCAAAUGUACAGGAACCUUGGCCUCCUCUCACAACUGAAUGAGAGGCAGGAGAGGAUUGUCAGUGAGGCCAAAAAGCUCGAGAGGGACCUUAUUGAUUGGACUGAUGGAAUCACCAAGGAAGUCCAGGAGAUUGUGGAGAAGUACCCUUUGGAGAUUAAAGCCCCAAACCCAGCCUUAGCGGCCAUUGACUCUGAAAAUGUUGAAAAUGACAAACUGCCCCCUCCACUGCAACCUCAGGUUUACGCUGGAUGAAAAUGGCUUCGGGACUCCUUCCUUCUAGUUUUUUCUGCUUGGCAGAUGGGCUAAGGGAGGGGGAAAAUGAAACAAGUUCAAAAUUGGCACAUUUUAAAGGUACUUUUUGUUGGUGGAUGUGUUCCAUGAUAUUUAUUUUAGUCAGAGUUGGUUACUAUGAGGGCUGAAUUUUUAUGUGUUCCUGAAAUGAAUUUACCUUUCCUUUUUACAGAAAUUCAGUAUGAUUUUUAAGGAAUGCUUUGGGGGUUGUUUUCUUCGAAGUAUGGACACGUUUUAAAAUCAGCUGGUGGUUGGUUGUGCUAUCUUCACUCCCUUAAACAGAGUUGCUUAUCACACUUUGCCAAGAAUGCUGUGUUUGAGAAAGAAGUGCAAAGGGUUCUUAAUCUUUGUUUUCAGAAACCAAUGUGUUGUAAAGUAAAUAUUUAAGAUUGUAAAUAGGUUUGAAUGUUGAGCAAUGUCUUAAUAGCAUGACAUUUAGCAAAGAAUGGAAGCUGGGUUUUUAAAAUUCCUUCACUCUUGUUUUUGGUUUAUAGUUUUCAUCUAGAAUAGGAUACACCAAGGAAACACUACAUUGUAGUAAAUAACAUAUUUGGACACAGUUCUAACACGACUAAAGUCAUUUCCUAAUAUUUAUAAUUUCUUAUCUGAAUUUUCAGCCUGGAAUAGCGUCUUUUUUUUUUUUUUUUUGCGGUGCUGGUCUCUAGCAAUGGCACCUUCAGAGCACAAUUGGAUGGUAGCUAUGGGUAUAUGUGUGAAGUGCUGGAGCCAGUUUGAAUUGUUGUAAAGAUCACAUGAUACGACAAGUUUCUGGCUGUAAAAGUGUUUUAGUGGUUUUUUAAAAAUCAUUUGCUUCAUAGUACUUGUGCAUAGCCUUCCAAGAAAUGAUUAGAAUGGCAUGAGACUGUCUUGUGCUGGAAAAAAAUAUAUCAAAGAAUGUAGAAAAGAAAGUGUACGAUUGCUUUCCUGAAUCACAUUUUUGAAUGGAUUCAUCCACGGAAUUAUAAAUGGUCAGAAAACAGAAAUAUGGACAAUCCUAAAGGCAGUAAGCUGGCUUAUGCAAUUUUGUGGACUACAUACAUUUUUAUAUGAAUUUGAACAAAGUAGGAAUCUAUAUUAUUAUAUUGCUGAACUCCAGCUUCCAGGAUUUGUCUUGAUUGCUAUGAUGGCUGGUAUAGCUGUCUCCUUCAAGGGGGACCCAUUGCUUUCCCAAUUCUUUCAGUGCUGUCCUGAAGAUGAAGCCCAUUGGUGAUAUCUCCUGAGUCCCUCCCUCCCUUCUGUAACUCAUCAACAUAUCACUGUGAAUGGCUGCCUUUUCUUCUCUUCCAACCUUUUCAGUAUUCUUAGUAGUAUGAUAAUCCAGCCAGUCAGUCACUCAAAAUCUUCUCUCUUUGGUCAAAAAUCUAGCAUGGCUGUGUGGAUGCAAGAAUUUGCCAAAAGGGAUGAACUAGUUAGUCUUCCCCAGCAUGUUAAGACUAUAAUAGUUUUUUUUUCCCCUGAGCAAGAUACACAGGUUGAGAUAAUAGAACUGUAGUCCAGGAGAUACAGGGAGGGCACCAGGUUAGGAAAUGCCAAAUUUGUCUAUGGGUGAUGCUUUUUUAACUUUUAACUUUACAAAUUAAGGUAAAGAUCCACUUUAACUUGGCAGAUCUGGGAUUCUUUGAAAGGCCAGGUUGAGUUGUGUGAAACUAAAUUAAGCAUUUUCCUGAAGGAUAACAGUUUAGAUGUAGUCCCAUCCCCCGUCCCCCAGUUGCUAAAGUCAUCCUAAAUGUCUGGGCCUUGUGUGUGCAUUCAGCAUCUUUGAUAUCCUGAUUAUCACUAAGUCUCAAACAAACUUCAUAAUUCAAGGAAAAGGGAGGAAAAAACCCCCCUGUUUGUAAUGUUACCUGUUUUUAAUAUUAGGACACUUUUAAAAUACCAACUCUCUUUCUUAAGCUCGUCUCAACUCUUUGAGUCUUAUUUGUACUUCUGGUAAACAUGGGAUUCCAAAGUGUUCCAUUCCAUAUGUGUUUUUGGGCAACCUAUGAAAAAAGACAUCUUUAUCACAUUUUAGCUGUAGAGCUAUUUAUCUGUUUUUGCAAUAAGGUCAGACCAAGACUGUGACCUGUUUUGUGUAUACCUGCUUUACAAACCAUAUCAGCUUUCAGUUUGCAACUCAGCUAAUGUCUGAGUUUCUUAAAAGGUUAAAUAUUUAUGUUCUUUUCUCUUCCUCAGUUAAAUUUGUGGAAGUAAACAAGCUGUUCCUUUGGUUGCAGAAAGUCCACGUUGAUCAGAUUUUUCAAUUUUCAGAGCUUUGUUUCUUGGCCUCAUUGUUUUGACACUCUAGGUGCUAAUUCAGAUUUUCCAGGUAUAUAUUUCACUCCAAAAAAACAUCAUUAUAGCUACCGCUGUUAAAAUUGCUGUCAACAGAAAUAAACCGUGUACAACAUGA